AUGGCAGCAGCCAUACCAAAAAAUAUUUCUAGGCAUUCUACAUUAGCUGCCGUUCCGUUGAAACGGCAGGGCAGCUCUCGAUUCCUUCGCAAACGAGGCACAGUUACGAUAUCGGCUAAGAUAUCUGGAGAGGCCAUGAGACCCCCGCCCCCCACUCCUCAGAACCCCCCACUCCUCAAAACCCCCACUCCAGCGGGAAUUCCCAGUCCCCAUUCGGCGAGGAACCGCUGCAAGUCACGCCCCAUCCCCAAGACGGUCGUUCGGGAAAAGCAAUACUCCGCCCAAGCUCCUGUCUCUCAGUCCCCUGCUCUUCGGUCCCCUGCCUCUCAGUCCCCUGUCCCUCAGUCCCCUGCCUCUCAGUCCCCUGUCCCUCAGUCCCUUGCCUCCCAGUCCCCUGCCCCUCGAUCCCCUGCCUUCCAGUCCCCUGCCCCUCGAUCCCCUGCCUUCCAGUCCCCUGCCCCUCGAUCCUCUGCCUCUUAG